CCAACCAUCAACCAGUCCAAUGCAAAGAAAGACAAAGAAGACAACCAGCCAGAUGACAGCACAGAGGUCUUGUAUAAAGAUGCCGGUUAUUGCAGCCGCAACACCCACAACCUGCUGCUGGGACUCACUGUCAUGGGUGUUGUCAUGGGAGCCGUGUUCGGGAUGCUGCUUCGGUAUAUAAAGUUGUCGGAUAUUGUUAUUCUCACAAUGGUAUCCUUCCCUGGAGAAAUCCUGAUGAGGAUGCUGAAGAUGCUCAUCCUACCUUUGAUCAUCUCCAGCCUUAUCACAGGCCUGGCUGGUCUAGACGCCCGCUCCAGCGGCAGGAUGGGCAGUAGAGCCAUGGUGUACUACAUGUCCACCACUGUAAUUGCUGCUGUCCUCGGGGUCAUUCUGGUGUUAGGGAUCCACCCAGGAAACCCCAAACUCAGGGGAGCUCAGAGGACCACCGCUCCCGAGAAGAAUCAGGAGGUCAGCAGCCUUGAUGCCUUCCUCGACCUGAUCAGAAACCUCUUUCCUGAAAACCUGGUGCAGGCCUCCUUACAACAGGUUCAGACGGUGUUGAAAACAGUGCCGGUGGCAGCAUCCAACCAAACUGAGCCCGUCUUAGUCACUAAGAAGAAACUGGAGUAUAAGUCGGGCAUGAAUGUCCUUGGUUUGAUUGGAUUUUUCAUCACCUUUGGAAUAUGUCUGGGCAGGAUGGGAGAGAGGGGGAAAAUCAUGUGCAGCUUCUUCAACAUCCUCAAUGAGAUCAUCAUGACCAUGGUGUCCUUGAUCAUGUGGUACUCUCCUAUCGGCAUUGCUUCUUUGAUUGCGGGGAAGAUCGCAGCCAUUGGGAACUUGGAGGUGGUGGCCCGUCAGCUUGGCAUGUACAUGGUGACGGUCAUAGUGGGCCUGGUGAUCCACGGCGGCUUGAUCCUACCUGCUAUAUUCUUUGCUAUUACCAGGAAAAACCCUUUUACCUUCUACUCUGGAAUCUUCCAGGCCUGGGUCACAGCUUUGGGCACAGCGAGCAGUGCGGGGACGUUACCCGUCACCUUCCGCUGCCUGGAGGAAAACCUGAAGAUUGAUAAGCGAGUGACUCGCUUCGUGCUGCCCAUCGGUGCCACGAUCAACAUGGACGGUACAGCCCUGUACGAGGCUGUGGCCGCCAUCUUCAUCGCCCAGAUGAAUGACAUCACACUGGAUGGAGGACAGAUCAUCACUGUCAGUAUGACCGCCACCCUGGCCAGUGUUGGAGCCGCCAGUAUUCCCAGUGCUGGACUGGUGACCAUGCUGCUGAUCCUGACUGCAGUGGGUCUACCCACCCAGGACAUCAGCCUGCUGAUUGCCGUUGACUGGCUGCUCGACAGAAUGCGAACCUCCAUCAACGUGGUUGGUGACUCUUUCGGCGCUGGGAUCGUGGACCAUUUGUCGAGAGCGGAGCUUGCUGAACUCGACGCUGCAGAAAUGCAGAUUCUCCCGUUGGCGCAGGAGCAGGAUUUCAUUCCCCCACCCCCCAUUAUUCCAGACGUGGACCUUGCUGACCCUCUGAAGCCACCUGAACUUCCACCUCGUUCGCCCCGUCCUCCGAAACAAAACCAUCACGGCCACGCUCUCUCUCAGUCCCAUUCCAUCACAUACUCACCGGCCCGUUCCGCCCGAUCGCCUUCACCGCACUCCAUCAAUUCCCCCUCUCCGCACUCCGUGUGCUCCCAUUCCCAACGCCCAUUCUGUACUCAUUCUCCACGCUUCCUCCGCAGGACGGAGCCGGGCUACUCCGCCCUGCCCUGCCACGAUAACCAGGUAUCCAGAAUAUCUUUUGCCAUAAACAAAUUUCUCCCACUGCUAGAACACCACUUUGAAAAUGCUUUGAUCAGUUGCACCUUGUUUUGGGAUAAAUGGUCAGUUUACCAUUUAUGUAAUGGCAUCAUAGCGGUAUGCUAAAACAGAGGCACAACCCUCUACCAUCCAGUAUCUGUUGAAGGCCA